AUGUUGUCGGCCGGGUUGUGUGUGGUGGCAGCACUGCUUGUAAUCUGUGUCACUCACUGGAUCUACAAAUGGAGGAACCCAAAGUGCAAAAAUGGAGUCCUCCCUCCUGGUUCCAUGGGCCUUCCUUUCAUUGGGGAGACCCUUUCUUUGAUCAUUCCCAGCAACUCGCUUGCUCUUCACCCCUUCAUCAAAAAGAGAAUUGAAAGAUAUGGGCCAGUUUUUCGAACAAAUGUGGCAGGUCGCUCUCUCAUUGUAACGACAGACCCUGAAUUCAACUAUUUCAUUAUGCAACGAGAUGGGAAGUUAGUGGAAUCGUGGUACUUGGAUGCAUUUGCUAAAGUUUUUGCACAAUCUGGAGAGAUUAAACCAGAUACUGCUCACAUCCAUAAAUAUGUGAGGAAUACCGCUUUGCGUUGGUUCGGCAUGGAGAGCCUCAAGGAUAGGUUGCUUCCUCAGAUUGAAGUAUUGGCUAAGAAAACUCUUGCCAAGUGGGCAAGCAAGGAAUCGAUUGAUGUGAAAAGCGAGGCUGCAACAGUGAGUAUAGAUUUUGGUGCACAACAAUUGUUUAGCUAUAAUCCCGAAAAAUCGCCAGAGCAAAUAAGCGAAUUGUUUAAGGACUUGAUACAAGGACUCAUGUCCUUUCCUUUGAACAUCCCUGGAACUAUGUACCACAAGUGCAUAAAGAAUCAUAAGAAAGUACUGGAUAUGAUGAGGGUCGAAUUGAAGGAGAGGCGUAUGUCACCUGAUUCUCGUCGUGGAGACUUGCUCGAUCACAUUAUGAAAGAAGCGGAUAAUGAGAAGUUCCUGACAGAAGAAUUCAUAGUUCAACUCAUGUAUAGUCUUAUCUUCGUCUUUUCUGAUUCCUUAUCAACAACGUUGGCAUUGGCUGUCACGUUACUUGACGAGCAUCCCUUGGCUUUACAAGAAUUAAUUGCUGAGCAUGAAACUAUCCUCAAAAACAAAGAGAACCCUAAUUCUCCACUCACAUGGAACGACUAUAAAUCAAUGACUUUCACACUUCAGGUAAUCAAUGAAACUCUUAGGUUGGCAAACAUUUCUCCAGGACUAUUUCGCAAAGCAACUGAAGAUAUUCAAUUCAAAGGUACUAAUCAUAGGAAAUUAGCCAUAUAUGUAUCUUAUGAUCAUUACAAGAGGUUAACCAACAAUAAUAUAUUUGUAGGAUAUACAAUUCCUGCCGGGUGGCCAAUAUUAAUUGCCGCUCCUGCUGUGCACUUGAACUCCACCAAAUUUGAGGAUCCACUUUCAUUCAACCCAUGGCGUUGGAAGGAGCUGCAAUCAAGUUUUAUAACCAAAAGUUUCAUGCCGUUUGGGUUCGGUUUGAAGCAAUGCGCAGGAGCAGAAUAUUCUAGGGUGUUACUGUCAACUUUCCUCCACACCUUGGUCAGCAAAUACAGAUGGACAAAAGUGAAGGAUGUCAAAUUUGUGCGAGCCCCUAUUUUAAAGUUUCCCAAUGGCUUUCAAUUCAAAAUCUCUGCAAAGAACAACUAA